CGCAACCGGAGUCCAACUGACCACGCCCAGGAACAAGAAAGUAUCAAUUUUUUAUUAUAAAGACCGAGUACAAUUAAAAUCAAUACGAGACAAAGAGUUUUUUAUUCGAAUUUAGAGGAGGAUGAAGAGCGAAGAAAUGUUGGGGUCGAAGAGUUUUUUCUUAGAAGCGAUAGUGCUUGCGCUUUUGAGUAGAAUGCUUGUUUUCAUGGUGGAAGGGGACACCCAUUACUAUGAUUUUGUUUUGAAAGAGACCAAUUUCACAAGGUUGUGCAGCACGAAGAGCAUGAUGACUGUAAAUGACAGCUUCCCAGGGCCCGUGAUUCGAAUUCAUAGAGGCGACACAGUGUAUGUCAAUAUUCACAAUGAAGACAAUUUUGGUGUCACCAUUCAUUGGCAUGGAGUGAAGCAAACAAGGAAUUCAUGGUCAGAUGGCCCAGAUCACAUAACUCAAUGCAAGAUUGAGCCGGGAACAAACUUCACAUACGAGGUGAUAUUUGGUAAUGAUCAGGAAGGAACCCUUUGGUGGCAUGCCCACAGCGACUGGACACGGGCCAGUGUUCAUGGUGCCAUUGUUGUUUUGCCAGCUGAAGGAACCACCUAUCCAUAUCCCGAGCCUGAUGGUGAAGAACUCAUCAUACUCGGAUCUUGGUAUGUGGGAGACUUGAAUGAGAUGCUUGAGGAGGACCUCUCCAUUCCUAAUAUAACUACACCCGAAUCCGAUGCUUACACCAUCAAUGGUCAACUAGGAGAUCUUGUCGCAUGCUCCGGUAGUGAAACAAUACACCGUUGGUCAGUGGACUAUGGCGAGACCUAUCUUCUUCGCAUAGUCAAUGCAGCUGUUAAUUCAGAGCUCUUCUUUGCCAUAUCUCAGCAUAACCUUACUAUUGUUGGCACAGAUGGAACCUACACUAAACCAACAGUCACUAGUUAUAUCAUGAUAGACCCAGGACAAACAAUCGAUGCUUUGGUCACAGCGAACCAGAGUCCAAGUCAGUAUUACAUGGCUGCCAGACAAUUUGUUUCCUUUGACCCGACUGUCACCGACUUCGAUAAUAUGACGGCAACUGCAAUUCUUCAGUAUAGGGGGAACUAUACUCCCCCAGAUAUACCUUCUUUUCCAACCACCCUUCCCUCUUUCCAUGACUUGGACUCUGCAUUGAGAUUUCUUCCCCUGUUGAGGAGCUUAGCAAGCCCAGAGCACCCAGUAAAUGUGCCAAUCGACAUAACUACCAGGAUGUACAUAACAACAGAAAUGAAUGUAGUUAAUUUUACAUUUGAAGGGUCAGAGAUCAGCCAUAUAUCUGCGAGCUUGAACAACAUAAGUUUUAUGGACCCGAGUUCUGAUAUUCUGCUUGCCUAUUACAGGCAUAUUAAGGGGGUUUACACAACAGAUUUUCCAGACUACCCACCUUCUUCCUAUAACUUCACUGGGGAUGAUUGGCCUUCUUCUAUAACAAAACCAGCAACAAAAGUGAAGGUGUUGAAUUAUAAUGAAUCGGUGGAGAUUAUAUUCCAGGGGACUAACAUGCUAGAUGAAGCUGAAGAUCAUCCAUUGCAUCUUCAUGGAUAUACCUUUUAUGUGGUAGGAAUGGGUCGUGGAAAUUUCAACAACGAGACUGAUCCGAAAUGGUACAACUUGGUUGAUCCACCUGAACGUAAUACCAUUGUAGUUCCAAAGAAUGGAUGGGUGGCCCUCAGAUUUAGAGCAAAUAAUCCCGGUGUAUGGCUAUGGCAUUGUCAUUUUGAUAAGCAUUUCACAUGGGGCAUGGCUACUGUUUUCAUAGUGAAGAAUGGCAAAACCCCAGAAACCAGUCUCCUGCCACCCCCUGCUUACAUGCCUCCAUGUACAGUUCCAUCCCCUAUUAGGCUUGAAGAUUUUGAGGAGUCUAUUGAAAUAAUUAAUACAAGCCCUGUUAUCUAAUUGGGUAUUUUUAUUUCCAAAACAAACCCUAGUCUGGUCAAGUUGGGCAAUAUAUUGACUAGUUCAGCCAUCAGGUUAAUUAGUUUGGCCACUCUUAAUAUAAACUAAUAUUGAAGUGUUGCCUGACCUUUCAUAAGAUCUACUGUCAUAUGUUUCAAGAGGACUUAUCUCCAUGGGACUCUUAGAGAGGAUGAAGAUUGGGAGUGGGGAAUUAUGUUAUUCUUUUACAUUAUAUUAAAUGUAAUAAUAUUAGUUCCCUUCCUUAGGAUUAAAUGUCUUCUUGAGAAGAAUGUCUUUUCUUGUAAUAUAUACUAUAUAUGUUGGGGAAGAAAAGUAAUCUUUGGACAAUUCUGAUACAGAAAUAUAUCCAAGUAAAAAAGAUUUCCCUCUUUGUGCAAUCAAA